GCGGGGUUUGUUCGACUACCAUGGCAUCCGUCAUUUCGCAUUCCACUGGAGAGCAGAAAUUGAUGCACACAUUUCCACUGCUCAAACCCUAACAGGCAGGAAGAAGAAGGUUGACGAUGGUGUGCAUACGUAAGGCUACGGUCGAUGACUUGCUGGCAAUGCAAGAGUGUAACCUCCUGUGCUUGCCGGAGAACUACCAGAUGAAGUAUUACUUCUACCACAUACUCUCCUGGCCACAGCUGCUCUACGUGGCGGAGGAUUACAACGGAAAAAUCGUCGGCUACGUGCUGUCUAAGAUGGAAGAGGAGACCUCCGAGUGCCAUGGGCAUAUCACAUCACUCGCGGUCCUUCGUUCCCAUCGCAAACUCGGCAUUGCCACCAAGCUCAUGACCGCUGCUCAGAAUGCCAUGGAACAGGUGUUUGGUGCAGAAUAUGUUUCACUCCAUGUAAGGAAAAGUAACAGGGCUGCAUUCAAGCUGUACACAGAGACAUUAGAAUACAAGAUCCAUGAUGUUGAAGCAAAGUACUACGCAGACGGUGAAGAUGCUUACGAUAUGCGGAAGCAGCUCAAGGGUAAGAAACAUCAUGACCAUGGCCACCACCAUCACGGUGGUGGGUGUUGCUCUGGGCAUGCUACUGAAGGAAAGAAUGUUUGAGACUAGAAGGGUAAAGGCAGGGAGAUUUGCGCGCAAGGCGUCAAAUGCAUUUAUUAUAUAUAUAUAUUGCACUUGCAGGCAACUUUUAUCUCUUGACCCCUCCCUCAAAAUGAAUAUAUUACAACUAGGAAUACAAGCUUUAAGCUUAUUUGAAUAUCAAAUUAUUAUUGGUCAUAUUUUGUAUGUUUUGUACUCUCUCCGUCCCAUUAGAAGCUUCUCACUCUCCUUUUUUGGACGUCUCGUUAGAAGGUUUUGAUUUCCAUUUUAGGAAAUAAUUACCAAUCUUAAUUGACAAA